CAAAGACUUGAUAGAUCUUUCAAAUUACACGUGUGGCCUGUGCCGGAAGGAACUGUCGGAGUUCUUGUGGAAAUUAAGUGAAAAUAUUGGAUAUAUUAAGUGAUUGUCGAAACCCACGUUGAUUACUAGGCAGUAAACGUGGAGCGAUGUUUGUUUUAUACGAAACUCCGGCGGGAUACGCUAUAUUUAAGCUCCUAGAUGAGAAAAAAUUGUCGCAAGUAGACAAUUUAUAUUUGGAAUUUCAAACACCUGAGAAGGCUACAAAAAUAGUCAAACUAAAACACUUUGAGAAAUUCAAAGACACAACUGAAGCCCUGUCCGCAGCCACAGCAACAGUUGAAGGAAAGCUAUGCAAGCCCCUGAAAAAGACUCUGAAGAAACUAGUCAGUGAUGACGUUCAAGAUAAGCUGCUCGUCGCUGAUGCUAAGUUGGGCAAUGCAAUCAAGGACAAAUUCUCUUUGCAAUGCGUAUAUAAUACGAAUGUCCAGGAGUUGAUGCGGUGCAUCAGAACACAGUCGGAGAGCUUGUUGGCUGGACUUCCGAAGAAAGAGAUGACUGCAAUGGCGUUGGGUCUGGCACAUUCACUGUCCCGCUACAAGCUGAAGUUCUCUCCUGAUAAAAUUGAUACGAUGAUUGUUCAAGCUCAAUGUCUCCUCGACGACUUAGAUAAGGAGUUGAACAAUUACAUCAUGAGAGCAAGAGAAUGGUAUGGUUGGCAUUUUCCAGAAUUAGGAAAAAUUCUCACAGAUAACAUUGCCUUCGUGAAAACCAUCAAACUUGUCGGGACUCGAGACAAUAUGGGUGCGACCGAUCUUUCGGACAUUUUACCCGAAGAUGUCGAGCAGAAAGUGAAAGAAGCAGCCGAAAUAUCAAUGGGUACUGAAAUUUCUAACGAAGAUAUCGAGAACAUUCAAGCAUUGUGCGAUGAAAUCUUGGCAAUUAACGACUAUCGUACACAUUUGUACGAUUACUUGAAAACAAGAAUGAUGGCGAUGGCGCCUAAUCUAACAGUUCUUGUUGGUGACACAAUCGGCGCACGAUUAAUUGCACAUGCAGGUUCUCUCAUCAAUCUUGCCAAGCAUCCCGCUUCAACUGUUCAAAUUUUGGGUGCUGAGAAAGCUCUGUUCCGAGCGUUGAAGACCAAGAAAGACACACCCAAAUACGGUCUAAUUUUCCAUGCCCAGCUGAUUGGACAGGCCAGUUUACGGAACAAGGGCAAAAUGUCUCGAUCUUUAGCAGCCAAGGCUUCCCUGGCUACGCGUCUUGAUGCCUUCGGGGAGGAUGUACAGUUCGAAUUGGGCGCCGAGCAUAAGGUGAAACUUGAAGCCCGGCUGCGGCUACUGGAGGAAGGCAAUAUGAAGAGACUGUCUGGAACGGGAAAAGCCAAGGCCAAAUUGGAGAAAUAUCACGUCAAAAGUGAGGUGUUGACUUACAAUGCCGAAGCAGAUAGCACCUUAUCCACAGAAAAAGUAAAGAAGCGGAAAGUAUCUGAAGGUGAAACAAGCCAACCGAAGAAGAAGAAAAAGAAGCAUUCUGAAAGCCAAGAGUAGAAUUCUAUCGAAUUUGGUACUUUUGUUUUACUUGAAGUUUUUAAUUGAGUUAGACUAAGAAAGAUCCCUUGCCUGUUAUCUAGCAUGCAAAUAAAACUAUAUUACAUAAA